CCCUCGCGGCCCCCCCCGCCCUCGGAAAGAUCUGUCCCGCCCUCUGGCCGGCUCCGCCCUCAUCUCCGCGCGGUCUGCCGCCUACGGCCUGCGUCGUCCAAGAUGGAGGGCGCUCUGCUGGCGCCUCUCGCCCUCCGGCUGUUCCUGCUCCUGGCGCUGCCGGUCGCCGGGGGGCUAACGACCGGCGUCCCCGCGCCGCCGCCUCUGCCUCGAGCCCCUCAGGAUGGCAUCAGAAUUAACGUAACUACCCUAAAAGAUGAUGGAGAAGUAUCCAAGGAACAGGUUGUUCUUAACAUAACCUAUGAGAGUGGACAGGUAUAUGUAAAUGGCUUCCCUGUAAAUAGUGGUGUAACACGAAUAAGCUGUCAGACUUUGAUAGUGAAGAAUGAAAGUCUGGAAAAUUUGGAGGAGAAAGAAUAUUUUGGAAUUGUCAGUGUAAGGAUUUUAGUUCAUGAGUGGCCUAUGGCAUCUGGUUCCAGUUUGCAACUAAUUGUCAUUCAAGAAGAGGUAGUAGAGAUUGAUGGAAAACAAGCUCAACAACAGGAAGUCACUGAAAUUGACAUUUUAGUUAAGAACCAGGGAAUACUCAGACAUUCGAACUACACUCUUCCUUUGGAAGAAAGCAUGCUGUACUCUAUUUCCCGAGACAGUGACAUUUUAGUUACCCUGCCAAACCUCUCCAAAAAAGAAAGUGUUAGUUCAUUGCAGACCACCAGCCAGUACCUUAUCAGGAAUGUGGAAACCACUGUAGAUGAAGAUGCUUUGCCUGGCAAAUUACCCGAAACCCCCCUCAGAGCAGAGCCUCCAUCUUCUUAUAAGGUAAUGUGUCAAUGGAUGGAAAAGUUUAGAAAAGAUCUGUGUAAGUUCUGGAGCAGUGUUUCCCCAGUGUUCUUCAUGUUUUUGAAUGUGAUGGUGGUUGGAAUUGUAGGAGCGACUGUGGUGAUAACCAUCUUAAAGAUGCUGUUCCCAGUUUCUGAAUACAAAGGAAUUCUUGAGUUGGAUGAAGUGAAUGUUCUACCUGUGACAGCUAUCAACUUAUAUCCAGAUGGUCCUGAGAAAACAGCUGACAACCUUGAAGAUAAAACAUGUAUUUAAAAUGCCAUCUCAAAUCAUGGACUCUGAAUUAGUCUCGACUCCAAAUUUGCUACUUGAAUAUAAUUUUCUUCAGAUCAUUAAGAAUCAGUUUAUACACUAGAGAAAUUGACUCCCAAGACUGCCUGAAAAUUGACCUUUACAGUGCCAAGUUAACAUUCACCUUGUUCUCUAAAAAGGGCUGGCUUUUCAGAUGAAGAAUAGUUAAGGAAAAUUUAAACAAAGUGGAAGAGAAGACAUAGGAAGAAACUUUUGACAUUACCAAAAAAAAAAGAAAGGCAAGACAAAACGUUAUGUGCCAAUAACUUUUCAAGGUGCCUUUGUUAAGGAAAUUAUAUCCACUUAAUUACUAUAAUAUAUAAGACUUUAUGAAAAGCACUUUAUAAAAUUCUAAUUUAAAAGCUCAAGAACUUAAUAACACUUAUUUUUUUAUACAGUACAAUGUGCCUUUAUAUUAAGUAUGUGACUCAGUAUAAAAUCACUAAAGUAUAUAAUGAUUUGAUUGUAUCCUGUACCAAGACUACUCACCUUGAAUGCACCAGGUUUUAAAAGUUGUAGUGACAUGUUCUCACUCUAAAAUAAACUUUUUGAGGAAAAAA